AUGAAGCUUUCUGCAAAUGAGCCAGAACAUGCUCUUGAGGAUGAUUAUCGCAUGGCUCUUGCGACUGCGCAUUUCGAGAGAGAUUUCGAUCGCGUUAAUAGACACACAAUACAACUUCUUGAUGCCGAGCGUGGUCGCACGAACUGCAUGGAACGGUUGCUUCUCCGCAUCGAAAAUGAACAUUUACAAAUGCAAGUAAACCGGACGGGCCUAGAGUUGAUCCAGGCUCGGGAGAUAGAAUCCAACACCCGCCUCGACCUUGAGGACGCUGUCAGAGAACUCGAUCGUCUGAAGGACCUUGCCCAAGCAUCAUCGCGUGAAAUAGACAACCUUCGUCAUGAACUUGCAUCAUUGAACACAGUUGCUUCAGAUACUCAGAAAUUACAAGCAGAAAAAGUUCGCCUAAUCAGAGAAAUCUCGAGUAUACGGUCCGAAGUUGAGGAACUCAGGUCUCAAAACGCCUCCGCCAAUGCACUUCUCACGGAAAAACAAGAGAUGUCUCGACAGCUAAACGCGCUCGAAUUACAAUUAGAGAAUGAGAAACGCGCGCAUGAACGUGCCCUUGCGAAAGAAUCCCAGCAAACAGACGAGGUCGCAGCACUUACUGCGAAACUCGAUGAAGCGCGACGGGAACUGGGACUGGCGCGUCGCUACAGACAAGAGGGUAUACAGCACAAAGGCAGCGCUCUUAUGGCCAACUCGACACCAGCUUCCGGGAAAAGGAAGGGUAUUAACCCAAACCUGGUGACGGUGAAAGACCGCCACCUAGAAGACACACAGGUGCAGCAGCAAGAAGGUUGGAGCACAAUCACCACCACGAAGGUCCCGAUUGAGCGACCCGAUGGGCCACAUCCUCGGAAAGCGACAAGUCGCUUGCAUUCUGAUUUGACAAUUGCGACGCCCGGCGCUGUUCGUGCGCAACCCCAACAGAAGCCACUUACUACGCUUCCCGGUGAAAAGUCUUCGUUUUCGAUAACUCCUUUCUUGAACCGCACAACGGGGGGGCUCGAAGAAACCUCAACAAGCUCGGACGACGAACUGAAUGAAGAUAGCAAUGCUGCUAAAGAUAGACACCGCACUAAUUCGACCGCAUUUUCCAGACAGCUCAUGCCGUCGGCCGCAAAACAACCUAACGAUCUGGCCAAAAGGGUACCCUUAAAGACGGCCGUAGACGAGGAUACAAGAAACAGACAGAAGCGAAAGGUACUUGGAAGCCCUGAAGGAGACGGGGGCUACCAGACUUCGCUGUCUCACCCUGUUGGGCAAAAGCAAAUCCUGUCCAAGAAACGCAAACUAGGUUUGCAGCGGGAUAGGAGCUUGUUCGACGAAGACGAGGACGAAAUUACCUUGCAGGACACCAGAAAACUAGGACGGAAGCUUCUUGGUGCAGUUCAACCAAGCUUAACAGGAAACCGCGCUUUCACUGGACCCGUGGGGUUCUCGCCCUUGAAACGAGAUAGAAAACGAUUCUGA